AUAAAUUGUAUUUUAUAUUAAAAAAUAUUUCUGUUAUAUCAUUAUAGAUAAGUAUUUUAUUAGAUAUGAUACAUAGAAAUUAUUUAGAUAACAAUACAUAUAACCGUUAGGAAACAUAUCGAUGUAUUGCAAUUAGAAAUUUGAAUAGUUCCAAAGAACGGUCGUGUUCAGAUUUUGAUUAGUAAUCGUUAAAUAAGUGAAAUUAACAAUGUCAGGCUUAAAAAACAUUAAGAAAAGGCGUCUUGAUGAUUCGGAAGACGUGAAUUGUAAAAAAAUGAAAGUAUCAGAUGAAAAUAAUGAAGAAAUAAGUAACAAAGUUAUAGUUGAAAGUGAUACAGCACAUGAAGAUAUUGCUGAGCAAUUAUUAUCAUUAGAAAAAAAAUUAGUCAAUGAAGUAGGAAAAAUUUCAUUCAGUUUACCUGUAGCAUAUGUUUAUAGUCCACUUGAAUAUGCGUUUAACAUACAUACUUUAUAUGUAAAAAAGUAUUGUAAUACUCCAAAGAAAAUAUUGUUUCUUGGAAUGAACCCUGGUCCUUGGGGUAUGUCACAAACUGGUGUACCAUUUGGAGAAAUAAAUAUGGUCAAAAAUUGGUUAAACAUUAGCGGACCCGUUGGAAAACCUGCUAGAGAACAAGAAAAUAGAAAAGUAACUGGAUUUGAAUGCAAACGUAGCGAAGUUAGUGGAAAAAGAUUAUGGGGUCUCUUUAAAGAAUUAUGCGGAACACCAGAAAAAUUUUUUAAACAUGCAUAUGUACAUAAUUAUUGUCCCAUUGCAUUAAUGGAUAAAAAGGGCUGUAACAUCACACCAGCAGAAAUGAAGGGAAAGGAACAGCUGACAUUACACUCUGAUUGUGAUAAGACUUUGGCAGAUAUAAUUAAGCUUUUAAAAGCUGAAAUUGUUAUUGGCAUUGGCGGAUAUGCAGAAAAACGAGCUCAGCUAGUUGUUAAAUCUCAUAAUCUGCAUGUACAGGUAUUAUGUUUACCUCACCCAAGUCCACGUGCUGCAAAUAAUAAAAAUUGGAAUGAGAAAGCAACUAAAAAAUUGACAGAGUUUGGUUUACUUCAAUAUUUCGCUGCUUAGAUUUAUUUUAUAUUAAGAUAUUAUAACAACAACCAGAAAAAGAAGACAAAAGGUGUUCUGUUUUUAAUUUGUAAUCUUUUGUAUUAUCAUAAGUUUGGAAAGCUAA